AACAAACAAACUAAAAAAAAGCAAUUGUUAAAAUAAGAACUGUUUAAUAAAACUGGAAGAUUAUUUGUCUCUGAAUUAAUCUAAGGGGGAAAAAAAGACAUAAAGUUUAAAAUAACAUUUAUGUUCGUUUUAAACAUUCUCUUUGGUUUUAUCUUAACAUGUCAGAGAAACAUUAAAGGUAGUUUAUCAGAUAUUUCUGCAGAUAAAGAAUGGAGGCUCCUGCUUUGUAGAUGUUUAAAUUUCUUUUAUCACAUGCAGUUCUUUUAUUCAAUUUCAUUUGAAUUAUUUUGAAUAUUUUAACAUGAUCCUGUUGAAAUAAAGUGUUGGGUUUCACCUGAAUUAAACAUGUUAAACUGAAUCAUAAAGUUCUUGUCCAAACAAAGGAAACCUGUAAAAACUGCUUAUUGUUGGUGAUUUCUGGAAAAUCUGCUUUUGCUCAUUUCAGUUGCCAACAUCAACAUUUGGAGACAAGAAUGCAUCAGAAUGAGAUUUUCCAGUUCAUUUUGUACCGCAGUAAAGAAGCGACAAGCGACGACCUCUCGGCUCUCAGGAAUGUGGAAAUGAAGUUAAUAAUAAAGCUGAGGAUCCAAGAUGCUCUGAAAGCCGUAAAUCUGGGCUUGUGUGAAGCAACAACAACCAUAGAAGAAGGAAACAAACGUCAGGCGGUCACCUUGUUGCUCCUACCUGUGGACAGGUGAGGGGAGGGAAACUGAGCCGGCCCCCGGAUCACAGAUUACGCUCGGCUUUGUCUCGCUCCGAUCCUCAUUGUGCCAAAGUUCAGAUCUCACAACAAACGAAGAAAGAAGACACUGAACUUCAGCUCAGGCUCGGCUUUCACAUUUAUGAGGACGAGCUUUUCAGAGCUUUUUAAUCUGAAAUGUGCCAAUAAAACCUCUGCUUCAACAAGAACUGGCUGAAACUGCAAAGCAUUAUGGUCAACAGGAAGUCAGAGGUCCAGCGAAGGAUCGUGUCCAAAGACGGUCACAACAAUGUUCAGAUCGACAACGUGGAAGGAAUGGUCAAGCUCUACCUGCACGACAUCUGGACGACGGUGGUGGACAUGAAGUGGCGCUACAAGCUCACUCUGUUUGCCUCCACCUUCAUCAUGACCUGGUUCAUCUUUGGAGUCUUCUUUUUCUUCAUCGGUAUGGGGAACGGAGAUUUUGACACUUGGCACAAUUCUACCCACACCCCCUGCGUGAUGCAUGCAAAUACUCUCACCGGAGCCUUCCUGUUCUCUCUGGAGUCACAGACCACUAUAGGUUAUGGUUUCCGGUACAUCACUGAAGAGUGUCCUCUGGCGAUCUUCACGCUGGUGGCUCAGCUCGUCAUCACCGGUCUGGCUGAGAUCUUUGUAACCGGUGCCUUUCUGGCCAAACUGGCCCGACCCAAGAAGCGAGCAGAAACGAUAAAGUUCAGCCAGGUGGCGGUGAUCUGCAGGCACCAAGGCAAGCUUUGUCUGAUGGUGAGAGUGGCCAACAUGAGGAAGAGUCUGCUGAUUCAGUGCCAGCUCACCGGAAAACUGUUUAAGUCCAACGUGACAGAAGAAGGAGAGAAGACGCAGAUCCACCAGAGCUCCGUAGAUUUCUACAUGGACACCAGUGGAGACUGUCCGUUCCUGAUCCUUCCCCUCACCUUCUAUCACAUUAUCGAUGAGAAGAGCCCAUUGGCAGGACUGACCCCAGAAACCCUGAGCAACCGAAACUUCGAGCUGCUCAUAAUGCUCAACGGCACCAUGGAGUCGACCGCGGCCACGUGCCAGAGCCGCACCUCCUUCAUCCCUCAGGAGAUCCUGUGGGGCUACGAGUUCAAACCGGUGCUGUUCAGCUCCUCCAACUGCCGCUACGUUGUUGAUUUCAACUUUUUUGACAAAGUACAGGCAAGCAACGACCCCACCUUCCUUGGCAGCAGCUCAGGAAAGAUAUAACUGACACAAGACUCAGAGGAAAUUGUGGGAGCUGUUAGCUUUACAGUUCUGUGAUCUUACAUGUCAAAUCGACCUCAUUGUUUAUUGAUUAACGUGUUAUGCCAGGUAUUUGUUGCUGGUUGUUCUUUUUCUUUCACCAGUUCAUACCUUUGCAAUUUUGAUCAUUUCACACCCAACAUUUUGGGUAUCAAAUGGUACGUUGAGAUGUUUCACCAUUAGAACCAACCAGGGAGAAACUUUGAACCUACAGAUUAUUCAAAUGAACUUUCUAUGCCCUAGUCGUAGUCUUACGUAAGAGAUUACUUACUCUUAAGGUUAGUUUGGUUUGAUCAGAGGUUUUAAUCUAUCAUAUCUUGGAGUAAAUGAGUAGAGGCAUAACAAAGGGAAACCAAGUUUUCAGAUAAUAAACUGAUACCCCAUAAUUUGAGUAGAUGUGUAUAAAACAGUUUGUUUACAAUCAGUAAAUCAAUGCAAGAAAGGGAACCUAUACCAAAUGGAGGAUAUGAACUGUUGAAGAGGCAAAUUGACCCUGAGGCAGUUAUUACACCAAAGCUGUUUUAUAACCUAAAAAUGACCUGAUUUGGCCUCCUGUCAAACCAAAUCUUUUAGCAGACUGUUUGUUUCCUUACUAAGCUGAAUACAAUAUAUCUUUUUCAAACUGUGAAUUCUGUCUUUUAAUAUUUUUUUUCUGAAUUGUAUGACUGUUUGCUGAAAGCCAGGUGAUUUUCUUUUAUUAAAGCAUCAAAUAAUAAUUCUCUUCAUGGUGCAAACAAGUGUGAUCAUCGGUAGGCCUUAGGCUGAGUUCAACUUGUAUUCGAUAGACAGAAUUUCCUGGAUCCAUACAGGAAAAAUCAAAGGGAAAACCUGCAAAGUUUAGAUUCCUGAGUUCAAAUUCAACAUGGCUGUCGUUCAAGUGAAACUAACAGAAAGAUGGAGAAAUAAAACACUUUUGUGCUUUUCUGAUUGGUUCUGACUCAAUGAAACAGUGGCUGACAAAAAACAAAACAAUGUACAGCAUUUAUCUGUGGAGACAUUGUUUUUGUAUUUGAAUGCACAAAAUACAGACAAAUAUGUUCUGAUUAGCUUGUAUUGCUAACUGAUGUUAGCCUGUUCCCUGAACACAAUUAACAAAUCCCAUACGUUUUCUGAAUUGAAAUUCUGUUGUGUAAUCUUAUAUUUACAUUAGUAAGUAUAAAAUCUUUAUAAAUAAAGUUAUUUCUAGAGCCAAGGGACUUUAAAAUGUGUUGUAACACUAAAAUCAAUGUGGUAUGUUAUGUGUUGGAAAGCUAAUUUCUGGGACAUUUAUAUAUCCCAGGAGACAGACAUAGAUUUACAAAGAAAGACUUGAUAAUGAUAACUUAAGCCCUUUGU